AUGGGAAGCACAGGGAGGCUACACCUCAGCUCAGGUAAAGGUGUGGUACUGCGUGGAACAUUUCUGCUGUCGCCUAUUGUGUUGAGUGGUAGCUAAACUUCAGACACGGAUAUCACUGGUCCACAUCCCCAUUGAAAUGGCAACUUUAUGGACCGGGGAGAGAGGGAGCAUCAAGCCCAAGGCAGAUUUCAACGCAAAGGAUGACGCUGUGGCUCUCAGAAAGGCCAUGAAGGGACUAGGUACAAACGAGAAGACCUUAAUAGAUGUUCUAACUCAGAGGAGUAGUGGACAACGUCAGCUCAUCUGUAAAGCUUACCAAGAAGAAGCCACUGGCAAGACUCUGGUGGAGGACUUAGAAGGGGACACCCUUGGUCACUUUGAGGACCUGCUGGUCGCGCUGGUCACGCCCCCUGCCAUCUAUGACUGCCAGGAAGUCACCAAGGCCAUGAAGGGAGUUGGGACAAAAGACAAUGUCUUGAUAGAAAUCUUCGCCACAAGAUCCAACAAACAAAUGAAAGAGAUUUCUGAUGCCUAUUUAAAACAAACUGAGAGGAAGUUGACCUUGGACCUGAAGAAGGAGCUUUCUGGAGAAUUUGCUAAAGCUAUUCUCAUUCUGGCCGAGGGCCAGCGGGAUGAAAACAUACAUGUGGAUGCAGCCAAGGCCAAAGAGGAUGCUAAGACUCUUUACAACGCGGGGGAGAAGAAGUGGGGGACAGACGAGUCCAAGUUCAUCGACAUCCUGUGUCAGAGAAGCAUACCUCAACUCAGACAAACUCUGGUGGAAUACAAGACCAUCAGUGGGAAGAGUCUGCAGGAGAGCAUCGAGGGAGAGAUGUCUGGGGAUCUAGAGGAGCUACUGGUGGCCAUUGUGAAAUGUGUGAAGAAUGUCCCAGCAUACCUAGCUGAACGUCUGCAUCAAGGCAUGAAGGGCGGAGGAACGGAUGAGUGUACCCUGAACCGUAUCAUGGUUAGCCGGGCAGAGAUCGACAUGCUGGACAUCAGAGCAGAGUUCAAGAAGCUUUAUAGCUGUUCUCUGCACUCUGCCAUCGAGUCGGAUAUAUCUGACUUCUAUGGGGACUGUCUCAAGAAGAUCUGUGGAGGGGACGAUUAACAAUGUAACACUAUGGAGGGGACGACUAAGACAGCAACACAACACUGCAGCCAGAAGAUACCUGUGUAUCAUACUGGUGCUACUACUGCUACUACUACUACUACUACUAAUACUACUACUACCCACCAAUAUUACUACUAAUACUAAUACUACUACUACUACUACUACUA